GUUCAAUUCCGCGGAAGAAGCCAAAGUAGCCGCCAAUGAACAGUAUAAAAAUGGAAAUUAUGAGGAAGCCAUUGUUUUGUAUACCCAAGCAAUUGAGCUUGAUACCACGUCUCCAACAUAUUAUACUAAUCGUGCCGCUGCUUUGAUGAUGUUGAAAAGGUCGAAGGAAGCACUUGAAGACUGUCAACGUGCAUUAUCGCUUGACCCAUCAUCAUUUAAAGCAUUACUUCGUGGUGCAAAAUGUAAUUUCGUACUUGGAAAUCUUUCGGAAGCAGAGCGGUGGUAUACAAAGGCAUUGCACCUGGAACCGACGAAUGGACAAGCAAAUUCAGAGUAUAAACAAUUAUGCCAGGUGCAAAAUUAUAUUCAUCAGGCAGAAACAUAUUUACAGAAUGCACAACAUGGAUUGGCUAUAAAUGCGCUUGAUAGAGCAGCGUCCACAAUGGAAGAGGUUCCUAAAAAAUGGAAAAUAAUGAAGGGGGAAGCAUUGUUGGAACAAAAAGAAUACGCAGAAGCAAGCAGAAUUGCAAAUGAGGUAUUACGUGGUGAUUCUCAAAAUCCAGAUGCUCACGUAUUACGUGCACGGAUACUAUACACCGAGGGGGACAAUAAAAAGGCCAUGGCUCAUUGUCAAGAGGCAUUGCGCUGUGAUCCUGAUCAUUCGGGAGCCCGUGUUUUAUUAAAGAAAUCCCGACAAAUCGAGACACAGAAAAAUGCAGGCAACGAUGCCUUCAACAAAGGGGAUUAUGAUGCCGCCUAUGAAUUAUACACCGCCGCCCUUGAAAUAGAUCCGUCGAACAUUAACACAAAUUCAAAAAUAUACUCGAAUCGAUCCUUUGUUCUGACGAAACAAGGAAAAUAUAAAGAAGCUGUGAAGGAUAUGGACAAGGCUUUAGAGUUGGAUCCUACAUUCGUUAAAGUAUUACGGCGACGUGCCGAUGCAUAUUUAAAGUUGGAAAGAUAUCAGGAUGCUGUGAAUGACCUGAGAGCGGCGUUGGAUAUUGAUAGCACCAAUCAGGAUAUUCGCAGGGAACUUCAUAAUGCCGAAAGAGAAUUGAAAAAGUCAACGCGUAAAGAUUAUUAUAAGAUUCUCGGUGUGUCGAAAGAUGCAUCUGAAAACGAAAUUAAAAGAGCUUAUCGUAAAUUAGCGCUUCAGCAUCAUCCAGAUAAGAAUUGUGGUGAUUCGGAUGCCGAGGUCAAGUUUAAAGAGAUUGGAGAGGCAUACGCCGUUCUUGGAGACUCUUCCAAAAAACAGCGAUAUGAUUCCGGCGUCGAUCUUGAUGGUAUGAACGGCGGAAUGGACUUUGAUUCUGUUGAUCCAAAUCUAUUCUUUCAGAUGUUUGAUGGUUUUGCGGGCGCCAGCGGUGGUCCGAGGAGUAGUAAUUUUGGAGGAUUUUCGCGAGAACCACCAAGGCAGAGGUCUGGUGGUUAUCGCACAACACAUACUUUUCGUUUUGGAUAA